UUAUAUAUUUUGUACGUUCAUUUUUCACAAUUUUGUAAAAGAAAGGGAAUUUAAAUUUAAAGUGGGAAUUUUUAAGGCAUGUUGAGGGAAAAAGCUUGAAAGUUGGCAGUACCGAACAACUUGUCAAAAGUCAAAACAAGUUUAAAAUUUUUAGUUUAGUUUAAAUUUUUGGCCUAUUGUUUUUUUGCUUUUUUGGCUUUUAUUCUCAUAAAAUGGAAGCAAUGGAAGUGUCUUCGAUUUUUGAUAUAAUAAAUAUUACACAAAGAAACGAUGCGGAAUUAAUGCAAUAUCUACAAAGUGUUGGAUUAAUCAAAAAACAAUUUAAAUGUAAAAUUAGAAAUUGCCGGCGUAUCUGCACAGUCAGGAGAAAAGAAGGAUCCUACAGAUUGAAUCACUGUUUUUGGUGCUUUAAAUGCAGGAAAAUGUAUCCCAUAACAAUUGGUACAUUUUUUGAACGAAUAAGAGUACCCGUUAGAACUUUAUUUUAUAUAAUGUGGUGUUGGGCAUGUCAACUGCCUGUUAAAAAUACCACAGAAUUAAUUAGUUUGCAAAAAGGGUCAGUGGUAAAUAUGUAUGCACAUUUGCGGAAUAUCCUUUCAUGGAAACUUUUGCAAGAAGAACCAUUUUUAUUAGGUGGAGAAGGACACACUGUGCAGAUAGAUGCAAAUAUUAUGGGGAAAAGAAAAUAUAAUGGUGGUAGAGUGAUCAAAGAACAUUGGGUUUUGGGGAUAUAUGAUUUAGGUUUGAAAAGGGGGCAUGUAACUUAUUUAAAAAAUAGAAACAGAGAUAAGUUAGUGGAAAUAAUUCAAAAGCAUGUCCAGGAAGGUACCGAAAUAUGGACAAACCAAUCGCAAGGUUACUCAAAUUUAAAUCAUUUAGGGUAUAUUCACAAAACUGUGAAUAAUAGUAAAUAUUUUAAGAACCCCCAAACGGGUUUCUGUUCAAAUCAGGUAGGAGGGUAUUUGUCUCGUCUUAAAAAAUAUCUGAGAAGACUUGGGGUGAUAAGUUCUCCAUUUCUACCUCAGUAUAUUGAGCAGUUUGAGUGGGACUCAUUAUAUGGACACAAUGCUCGUGAUAGGUUUAAGAGUAUAGUUGAAGACAUUAGACAGAAAUAUAAAUGAUUGUAUAUACAGUAUGGUGUAAAUGAAAGGAAUAAAUUUGUUAUUUCGUAAGCUGAUGACUUGAAGGAAAAAUCCUGAAACAUGUCGAUUUUUAUUUUUAAAUUAUGAUUUUUUGACAUAUAUACAGUAUGGUGCAAAUGAAAGGAAUACAUUUGUUAUUUCGUAAACCGGCGACUUUAAGGAAAAAUCCCGAAACAGACCAAUUUUUAUUUUUAAAUUAUGACAUUUUGGCAUAUAUAUCAUACUAGUGACGUCAUCCAUCUGGGCGUGAUGACGUAAUUGAUGGUUUUUUAAUGAGAAUAGGGGUCGUGUGCUAGCUCAUUUGAAAGGUUAAUUAAUUCUCUAUUGAGUAAUGUAAACACUUACAUAAUUAUUUAUAGAGGGUGUCCAAAUUUUUUUUUAAAUUAAAUUUUUUGAGAAUAAAAAGAAGAAUUUAUGUGAUUUGUUUAAUUCAAAAUACAUUUUAUUGCUGUCAAAAAUCAGAAAAAAAUGUUUAUAUCACAAAUAAACUUUGCUUUUCGCUUAAAUUAAAUGUUCAAACUUUUAAGAUGCAGGUGGUUGGCGGGAGCUGGCAUGAACAUUGAUUUUAACUGAAAAGCAAUGUUUAUUUUUGAAAUAAACAUUUUUUUUUGUUUUUGGGCAACAGUAAAAUGUAUUUUGAAUUUAAUAAAUUACAUACAUUCUUCUUUUUUUUUGUCAAAUUUAAUUAAACAUUUUUUUUGGACACCCUGUGCAAAUAAUUAUAUAAAUGUUUAUAUUACUAAAUAGAGAAUUGAUUCAAUUCUCUAUUGUAUGUUGUUUUUUUGUUUCUUUCUCCCACACUGCCAUUCGUUUGUAAGAUGAACUCAGAAAAACUGCAGAUUCCUCUACCAAUCCAAAUAAGUUUUCUGCUUGAAGCAACUUUACUGUCGAGUCAGCUACUACUAAGUUUAAGACGUGAGCCAUACAGUGAGUAUAAAUCAUAUUUUCAUUUGCCUUUUUGAAGUGAGCCUGUAAGCCAUUGUAACACCCUUUCAUAUUACCUACUUGCCCCGUCGAAUGAACACGCAACUAUAUUUGAUGCUUGAAUUCCGUACUUUGCUAAUUCCGAUGUUAUUCGCUCGUACAAUGCUUGUCCACUAGAGUCAUCAAUAACAGUCAUCUCUAGUAGUCUUUCAUAAACCUUUCCUUGGACAACGUAGCGUACGCAUAUAGCUAAUUGGUCCAUCACUGCCACAUCUUGGGUAGAGUCUACCAUCACGCUGUAAAUAAUACUAUCUUUGAGGUCUUUCAAUCAGUGGCGUAACUAGUCUGACCUGCGCCCCAAUGCAAGUAUUCCUCGUACGCCCCUAUUCCCAGACUUAUUCUCAAAGUCCAGACUUAUUCUGAAAGUCAAGACUUAUCAGCAAAAUCAGACAAAUAUGCAGGCUUACUUACUUUCCGUGUCCGGAACACCAACAACUUUCGUCCGGCCCUGCUAUUUGCUAUAAUUAAGUCUUCUUCUGUGCAGGUCUCUCUCAUCUCUGUGCAUGAUAGUAGAUGCCGGCUGGUCUGAACCGCGCCACAGUCGCAGGUAUCGUCCUCCUGGUAUCCCCAUAUUUUCAGGUAUUAGCACAACGUGAAACGCCGGUUCUUAGUCUGUUUAGCGCUUUCCAAGUCGGAUACGGUAAAUUGUGUCCAGCAGCCAUUUCCUCUGAGAAAGGAAAAUGUGUCGCGAUAGCUGACGCUUGAUGUUUUCAGGAACCUUUUCCGAGAUCAUAGUCUGCUUGGCUGAGUUUGGUGGCCAUAUAAGGGGUGUCUUCUGUCCGUCUCCUGCUUUUUUCGUUCUACCUCUGACGUGACCUUCCUCCUGAUAGGUGGUGGAGCAAUCCCAGCUAUGGGGUAUAUCUCUUCGAUAGGUGUCGGUUUAAGGCAAACCGCUAUUAUACGAACCGUUUCAUUUAGAGUCACGUCGACGUUCUUUGGGUGAGCAGAGUUUGCCCAUACCGGUGCUCCAAACUCCGCGGCCGAAAAACAUAAUGCUAAGGCAGAAGUGCGGAGAGUGUGGUUGUGCUCCCCAUUUUGUAUUAGUUAGCUUGCGGUUGACAUUAUUUCUGGCACUUACUUUCUUCUCGACAUCUUGACAGUGGUAUCGGUAAGACAGAGUUCUAUCCAGACGGACGCCAAGGUAUUUUGGCGUUUCGUUGUGUUCCAGCAUCUGACCACGCCAUUCCACCUCCAGCGACCUUCGGGCAUGCUUGUUUCUAAGGUGGAAAGCACAUAGCUGGGUUUCUGUGGGAUUGGGUUUCAGAUGGUUUUUCUCGUAGUUUGUUUUCGUGGUAGAGUUUUGCGAGAAGCCGUUGAUGGUUAACUGUGUCAUAGACGACAGUUAGGUCUAUGAACGCUACUCCUGUUAUUUCUUUCCAUUCAAAACCACCUUCAACAUGUUGGGUGAGAUUAAGAAUUUGACUGCAGCAGCACUUUCCGGGUCUGAAUACUGCUUGUUCUGGAAUAAUUUUAGUCUCCACAUAUUCAGCGAUUCAGUUCAGUAUCAUUCUUUCAAAUGCCUUGUAAAGGUGACACAAAAGAGAGACAGGUCUAAAACUCUUUGUAUCCGCUGGUAUACCGCAGAAUAUACAGAAUCGACCUGGUUACUUUUUAAGCUUCUUUCAUUUGGAAUAUUCCAGUUGAGGUAUUUUAUUCAUUCCAAGAAACAUGCGCAAUGCGUUUUGAAAAUCUAUUAUAUAUGCACCGUAUUUUUAAAAAUACCACUAUAUGCAAAAUUCAAAAUCAGAGAAAGAUUAUUCAAAGAAAUAGAACAGUAAUUUUAAAGUUAAUUAUUAAAAAACAUUAUUAUUGAAAAAAUUAAUUGAAAGUAAAAUUAAGGGGCUAUCCUAGUGUAAAACUACGAAAUUCACAUACUUAUUUGUUAAUUUCUAAAAUAAAAAGAACUGUACUAAUUCUUUUGAAAAUUUGCAUGAAGUACAUGUAAAAUAAUUUUCUUAAAAAAAUUUCGGUAAUUAAACGAUUUAUGCGCCAUCUACUUGCACCGUGAAAACAUAGCUCCACUGCUGCAGUAAUUGGGACUAACAGAGACCCUGAAACAUGAAAUUUCAAAGUUAUUAUUGAAAUUUAAGUUAUUUUCUAUACCAUCAACUAGGGGUAUGUGUGGCCGGCCACAGUUUCUCGUCUGUGAUGCAACGUCAACGCCACAUAAGAACCCACGGUCAAUCAUCGGAAAAUAUUUUUGUGGAUCCACAGAGUGCCCGGCCACAGUCGCCCGUCUGUUAUUGCGCUAACGGAAUAAAAUACCACGAAUAUUUUUUUACAUUUUGUUUUUUCGGGAAGCUACAGGGAGUUUUGCUUCAACAUAUUUGUUUGCUAAAAUAUUUCCAGAAUAUCAGUUUUUUACGCCCCCCUAAGGCCUGUGUCCCAAUGCAUCGCAUUGGUUGCAUUGACGUUAGUUACGCCACUGCUUUCAAUACGAUAUUACGUCCAAUUGUAGCAAUCGUUUUAAUUAGCUUGUUUAUAAACGAUUUGGACAAAAAUGUGAUCAAAGAGCCUCGCCUGUACUGUCUUUUGGUUGACUUUCCGACAAGUUUUCUUUUCUCAAUUGUUUUUUGCUUAUGUUUCUUACUCUCCUCAAUGCACUGUUUCACAUGGUUUUGUAAAAUGACGUCAUAGUUUGCAACCAUCAUGGCAAGUUCGAGAAAAUUGCCAUGAUUUUCUACAGAGUCAAGUGAGUAGGCCCCUUCUGCUUUGUCCCCUCUGUAAGCAAUGCCUUGUCUACCCAGAAAUAAAACUAUGUCAAUAAAACGUUGAACAACUAAUCUUCUUAUGUGAACUUCUCUUUCUCGUUGUUUAGAUUGGUUCCCCGCUAGAAGACUCUCAAUAUCACGACCGUUUAGGCAUUGAAAAGCUGCCUUGGCCGCAAGUUCAUGAUAAUGGGAGUUUUCAUGAGUUUCUACCGAUUUAUAAAUGUGUUUUGGUGUAACAUCGUGUCCAGUAAUAAAUGUGGAAU